AAAAAGGGCGGUAACCUUAAAGUUUGUUCAUAUAAAAUGUGUUGUCUUGAUUAUUGUAUUGGCAACUUUGAAUAUCCUUUUUUUUUUUUUUAUUUGACAAAGUUGUUGACAAAUGUCUAGCUCGUCAUCCAUGGAUUCACGCUAAAUUUGGAUUCCGUUGUCAUGGUAAUCAACCCGUAGUCAACCAACCUACCGUUUAACGCUAGCUAUUAACAUUCAACAUUAGCCACUCAGUUUAUGUUGUUAGCAGUUUAGGAUGUUAGUUUAGGAUGUUAAAAUCGCACUUAUAUUAGUUAAGUCACUGAAGUGACUUAACUAAUAUAGUCAAAUUAAACAACCGGGCGCUUGUUAUAUGCCCUUAUGGAUAAAUUAUUAGAACAACCAGUUGAAACGGUAACUUUUGGUUACCAAUGUCCAGAUUGUACGAGCAACCAAAGCUCUAAAUCCAGUUUGACACUAAACCAAAUAAGUUUGGAGCUGGACAGGUGUACAAAAGAAUCACAACGACUUCAAGAGGUCGUGGAAAAUGCCACCGAAUGGAGUUUGGGUGCCCAUAUUAGCGGCUUGUUUAAUGUUGGUAGUGGUCUUGGAGAAUUAGCCCACAACAAACCUUUUACAACAGACCCCAACCAACAGAUAAAAGCCCCAGGAUCAUUAAAGUUCUCUGAAUUAUCUGAAUAUUCUGAGUUUGAAAAUGAAAUGAAUGGAUGCAUUCAGCAGCUGGAAAUCUUCGAAAUUAAUGAGCCAUCUGGACAACAAGAUACUUUUAGAGAGCCACUUGCUGAUAUGCUUACAGAACUCCAGAAAGUCCAAAUGAACAAAAAUCUGUCAGAAUUUAGAUUGAAGGACUCAGAGAACCAUGUUGAAGAAAUGGAAAAGAUGUUGCACCUUCUGGAGGAAGUUCAAAUUGCAAAAUUGUGUGGAGACCAAAUGCUGCAAAAGACUGAAGAGGAAGUUCUUAAACUUAACAGGAAAAUAGCGACACUGGAGAAGAUGUUACCUGAGCACCAUACACAGUGUUCUCUUGAGGAACAUUGGAGGCACUACAGUAACUAUGCUGAUGAUGAAUCUCUGAGGCUAUUCCAUCCACCUGCUCCUCAGAAUAAUUUUAAUAAGGAAGAAGAACAACCAGAUACAAAUAAAUUGCCUAGACAUCAAGAAUGUGUGGGGGUGAAUAAUGAAGAAUGUGUGGUGGCGCUGAUGGAUUACAUUAGCCAGGAGAUGGCAGUGUUGUCUGACAAACUAAGUUCCUCUACAAGCAGUAGUGCCAGUUGUUUAGCUGUUAAGCUGCAGCUUUUGAAGAAACUUGUAGAAAAACAAUUACUAUAUGAUGCUCAGGUCUUUGAACUCAGAAAAACUCUGUCUGAUCAUGAAAAGAGGUUUAAUUUUCUAGAGGAACACCUUACUUGUCUUCAAGCCAAUCUUUUGAAUGCUCAAGGAGGAAAGAUAAAAUUAGUCAAGCAGCCACACAAGCCCAAGAAUUCCUUAAAGGAAAAGAAGACAUGUUCUGAGCAUCUGCAGUUUGGGUAUCAACAGGACAUGGAUGUCCUAAAAGGACGACUCACCGUGGCACUGGAGCAGCUUCAGAGAGCUGAGGAAGAGAAGACCUGUCUGCAGGCUUUGUUGGAGAACAGGGCUCAAGAAGAAAGUAAAUCUCAAGAACUCUUGGCAAACAAAAAGGUGGAACUGAAGCUCAAGCAGCAAGAAUCUGAGCAGCACAUGACCUCAAUCACUGAGGCUAGAGACCAGUGUCAGAAGCUGCAUAAAGACAAAGAGGCCUUAAUGAUUAAGCUGCAAAACUACGAAAAAAUAAAUGAAACCCUUAGGUUCCAGCUCAAACACAAUAUUCAGCAGGCAGUACAGUGUUGUGGCACUUCCAAAAACCUCCAUCAGGAAAUCCUUCUCCUCACUGACCAGAUAAAUGACCUCAAAGUGGACAUUCUGCAACUCCAGGCUGACUUAGAGCAUUACAAGUCAAACCUGGCUGCUGUUGAACAUGAGAUGUGCAAACUGCAGGCCUCUGAAGCUGAGCAUGGGCGGCGUGUCCAAGAGGAGAUUCUGGCCAAACAGCAGCUCAGUAUCAAGCUGGAGAAGCAAGGCACGCAGUUACUCAGCCUUACUGAGGAACAUAAGGAGCUACAGCUGCUCUACAGCUGUAUGAACAAGGAGAAGGAGGGUGUGGUCCUGCAGCUCCAGAGCCAUCUGAAAAAUGUCCAGACAGAACUGGACCAGGCCAGGAGCACUUUGAGGACACUUGAACAAAAAGACAACCAAGGACUCCAAAUGGCCCAGAGCAUGCAGAAGAAGAUCACUGAUAGAAGAAAACAGAUUGACUUUCUCCAAAGCAGGAUCCAAAAUCUAGAGCAAACAAAGGAGAAACUUUGUCAGGAGAAGCUACAUCAAAACUUCAAAAACAAGCGCCUGUUUCAGGAACUUGCACUGGUUAAAACAGAGAAGAAACACCUUGUCAAGGAGCUAGAGGCUGUAAAAUCAAGAGACCAAUAUUUAAGGAAGAGAAUAAGUGAGCUUGAAGCAGUACUUCACAAGAUAUAUGAGAGCUUUGCAGGCUGUCAGGAAUGUAUCCAGCUCCAGGAGUAUUAUCACCUUAAGUUAAAGCAUACCCUGGGCCUCAAGCAGGACAGUCCGUUCUUAGAUGUUGGGUCUCUACUAUUCAAAGAGCAGCAUGAAGUAAAGAAGCAUCGACCACACACUGUUAAUAUCACUGAUGCCAACAGUGUCUGUAGGAGGGGGUCAACUCCAAAGAGGGUGCAAAGUACUGCAUGUUUCACUGACAAAACUGACAAAGUACUUGGUGGCACCCAGCUGGAAAGAAAAGCCAGUAGGAGUGAAUCACACCAUCUGAAGGCCUUUAAGCUAAAGGAAACUGUACACCACAAUCAAUUUAUUCAAGAGCCUCUUACAUCAACUCCUUCAGCAACUAUGGCCAGUCUACAGCUGGUCGGCCGCAGGUCACCUGUACACACGCUGCUCACCUCUAACCCAAACAGUUAACUCUUGGUAGUAUAGCUUCAUAUCGUGCACUGGAUAGAACAUUUUUCUAAUUAGUGCAUAGUUUCAUAUUUUAUAACCUUUCACAACAUUUACGCAAUAUUGCCCUAUUGAUUUAAUAUAGAUAUUAGAUAAUGAUGUAUUAUUGCAAUUUGCCAAUGUAAUUUCAUUACUUAUUUCUUUUCUUUUUCCAUAUAUGCAAAAGGAAGAUGAGAUGUUGCAUUUUGUGGAUUAUUGUCCUUUGGGGAUGUAUCCAGGCACAAAACUGAGAGAACUUUGUCAAAAACCUAUAAAAAUAUUAAAUAAAAUAUAUAAAUAUUUAAACAAA